AUGCUUAGUAGAACAAUAAAUAAAGUAGUCACAUCUAUAAAAUCGUCUUCGAUAAUCAGAAUGUCUUCCGCUACCACCGCUUCUGCUGCUCCCGCUGCUCCUGCUCCUGCUUCUGCUGCUAAGGCUCCAAAGGCCUCGAAGAAAAGUAAGUUGCAAGUAUCUUUAAAGACACCUAAGGGCACUAAGGAUUGGGCUGAUAACGAUAUGGUAAUCAGAGAAGCUAUCUUUAACACUUUAUCUGACCUAUUCAAGAAACAUGGUGGUGUCACCAUCGACACACCUGUAUUCGAGUUAAGAGAAAUUUUGGCAGGUAAGUACGGUGAAGACUCAAAGUUGAUCUACAACUUGGAGGAUCAAGGUGGUGAAUUAUGUUCUUUACGUUACGACUUGACCGUUCCAUUUGCUAGAUACGCUGCGAUGAACAACAUCCAAAAUAUCAAGAGAUAUCACAUUGCAAAAGUCUAUAGAAGAGAUCAACCAGCUAUGACCAAAGGCCGUAUGAGAGAGUUCUACCAAUGUGACUUUGAUGUUGCAGGCAGCUUCGAAUCAAUGGUUCCUGAUUCAGAAUGUUUAUCCAUUUUAGUAGAGGGUUUAACAAGCUUGGGUAUCAAAGAUUUCAAAAUCAAGUUAAACCAUAGGAAAAUUCUUGAUGGUAUUUUCCAAAUCUCUGGUGUCAAGGAUGAAGAUGUUAGAAAAAUCUCUUCUGCUGUUGAUAAAUUGGACAAAUCCCCAUGGGAGGCAGUCAGGAAAGAAAUGACCGAAGAAAAAGGUCAAUCUGAGGAAACUGCUGACAAAAUUGGUGAAUAUGUUAAACUAAACGGUUCUUUGAAAGAAAUUCACAGCAUUUUAUCUCAAGAUGCUAAAAUCACUGCAAAUGAACUGGCUAAACAAGGUUUGGAUGAUAUUGCUACAUUGAUGAAAUAUGCUGAAGCGUUUGACAUUGACUCAUUCAUCUCUUUUGAUCUUUCUCUUGCAAGAGGUUUGGAUUACUAUACUGGUUUGAUUUACGAAGUUGUUACCUCUGCUUCUGCUCCGCCAAAGAACGCUACAGAAUUGAAGAAGAAGGCCAAGUCUGUUGAAGAUGCAUCAGAGUUUGUUGGUGUCGGCUCCAUUGCCGCCGGUGGUCGUUAUGAUAAUUUGAUCAAUAUGUUCUCUGAAGCUUCUGGUAAAAAAUCCACUCAUAUUCCAUGUGUUGGUAUUUCUUUCGGUGUAGAAAGAAUAUUUUCUUUGAUCAAACAAAGGGUUAAUUCCUCUACAAUUAUAAAGCCAACAUCUACGCAAGUGUACGUAAUGGCUUUUGGUGGUGGUAAAGAUUGGACUGGUUACUUGCCUGAAAGAAUGAAGGUUGCCAAGCAACUAUGGGAUGCUGGUAUUGAAGCUGAAUAUGUUUACAAAGCUAAGGCCAACCCUAGGAAGCAAUUUGACGCUGCUGAAAAAGCAGGUUGCCAUCUUGCUGUGAUUCUCGGUAAAGAAGAGUAUUUACAGGGCAAAUUACGUGUUAAGAGGUUGGGUCAAGAAUUUGCAGACGAUGAUGGUGAAUUGGUUAGUGCUGCUGACAUUGUUCCCAUUAUCCAAGAGAAGCUAUCACACAUUCAUGAAGAUGGUCUUAAUGAAGUCACUCGUUUAAUUAGAGGAUUGUAA